AUGUAUCAUAUGAAAAAUAUUGUCUCCUUUCAAGAGGAGAUAGAACUACCUAAAUGCAUGUAUCGAUUGAAGAAUCCGAUCGAAGUUGACGAAAACGAUGAAGCCGAACUAAAUAUUCGGGACCAGGUUACCAAGUUUCUUAAGAAAAUGUCGAACAAUGGGCUAGUUGAAUUGGAAAAUCGUCAAGAGAGGCUCUUGACAAAAUUGGAUGACCUGUAUGAAAGGAUUAAAACUAUUAGUUCUCUCUGCAAAAAUAGUCAACAAGAUAUUAAGACUUCAAAGCCUAAAAUGGAAUUUGUAAAACCAAGUGAAGUGGUGAUGUUCCUUCAUCCUGACAAACUGCCAUGGUUUAUGAACAUAUUCUUAAAAGCCAUCAAUGGUAUCAAUGUGUCAUGGCACACACAUUCAAGUGUGCCCAGCAUUAAAAUAGCUAAAGUUGACUCCUUUUUUAAGAAAUUCCAAGCAUUAUACUCCUCACAGUCAGGCGGAAAAGUUAACUUUAGGCUGAUAUUUAAAUGUGAAUCAGCUGCACCUGAAUUAAAGAUUUCAUCUUUGAGUAGUCCAAUCAUUGGAAGUGUUAAUAUUUUAAGAUAUUUGUGCUUAGUAUUUCCUAACAUAGUUAACUAUGAUUAUGAUGAUCACCAGAUAGAUGGUAUGCUUGAUAUCUGCCAUCAACUUGAAAUGGACUCGGUAAAGAAUAAAGAAGUCUCAAUAACACAAAUGUUCACAGAUAAAACUGGUUUCAUAUAUAAGAACAUGUUUUCUGUUGUUGAUCUAGCUCUGUUUAAUGUAAUCAAACAAAUGCAGAAUGGUACUAAGCUGGUCCCCAAAAAAUGGUACAAUGAUUGUGAAAAAAUAAUUUUGUAA